AUGCUGGCACCCUCUGCCUCAAGCGUCGCCGCUGCCGCUGGGUCACCUGCUGGCCUGCAUGUGGGACUUCCUCCCAAAAGCGCUUUUUCAACCGCACCUGACGGGCCCUCUCCUUCGAUAAAGAAUGGCUCCGCGGUGAGCUCUCCGAUGCAUGCCGGCGCAACUGGCGGACGUGGCAUGUACGUCGUAAACAGAAAGGGCGAGGAGGAGUCAGUCUCGUUCGAUCAAAUUCUGAAAAGAAUCGAAAAGCUGUCCUUUGGCCUGCAUCCCCUCGUCGAUCCCGCACGUGUGGCUCAGGCUGUCAUCAAUGGCAUGUACGCGGGUAUCAAGACCAGCGAGCUCGAUGAGCUCGCUGCACAGACCAGUGCAUACAUGGCCGCCUCCCACCCGGACUUCUCGAAGCUGGCCGCCCGUAUUGCCAUCGACAACUUGCACAAGAACACGAGCGACAACUUCUUCCACGUGAUUGAGCAGCUCCACGGCUACGUUGACAAGAUGGGCCGAGAAGCGAGGCUGGUCAGCACAGAGGUCCGUGACUUCGUCGAAGCGAACCAGAAGACACUGAACGACGCCAUCGACUACUCCCGUGACUUUGACUAUGACUACUUUGGCUUCAAGACUCUGGAGAGGUCUUACCUCUUGAAGGUUCACGGUCGCAUCGUCGAGCGCCCGCAGCACAUGCUCAUGCGUGUGGCUUGCGGAAUCCACUGCGGCGACGUCGAGCGGGUCGUUGAGACGUACCAGUUGAUGAGCCAGAAGUUUUUCACUCAUGCGACGCCCACGCUCUUCAACGCCGGCACGCCGCGUCCCCAGAUGAGCAGCUGCUUCUUGUUGACCAUGCAAGAAGAUUCCAUCGACGGCAUUUUCAGCACACUGAAGCGCUGCGCGCUCAUCUCCAAGACUGCCGGUGGUCUGGGCCUUGCGGUCAGCGACAUUCGCGCGACAAACAGCUACAUCCGUGGCACGAACGGCUACUCCAACGGGCUCCUGCCAAUGCUCAGAGUGUUCAACGACGCGGCGCGCUAUGUGGAUCAAGGAGGCGGAAAGCGGAAAGGCAGCCUUGCUAUCUACUUGGAGCCGUGGCAUUAUGAUGUUUUUGACUUCCUUGACAUCAAAAAGAACCACGGCAAGGAAGAGCGCCGCGCGCGUGACCUCUUUUGCGCGCUGUGGAUCCCUGAUCUCUUCAUGGAGCGCGUUAGCGAGAACGCGGACUGGACGCUGAUGUGCCCGAACGAGUGCCCCGGUCUGACGGAGGUCUGGGGUGACGAGUUCAAGAGGCUGUACGAAAAGUACGAACGCGAGGGCCGCGGCCGCAAGACGAUUCCGGCGCAGCAUCUCUGGUUCGCGAUUCUGCAGGCGCAGAUCGAGACAGGGACGCCGUACAUGCUCUACAAGGAUGCAUGCAAUCGCAAGAGCAAUCAGAAGAACCUCGGGACGAUCAAAUGCAGCAACCUGUGCACAGAAAUCGUCGAGUACACCAGCCCCGACGAGGUUGCUGUGUGCAACUUGGCUUCCAUUUCGCUUCCGAAGUUCGUCGAUCGCGAGACCCGGACUUUCAACUACGAGCACAUGAAGCAGAUCGUCAAGGUCAUGACGAGGAACCUGAAUCGCGUCAUCGACCGGAACUACUACCCCAUUCCCGAGGCGAGAAACAGCAACAUGCGCCACCGCCCCAUUGGUCUCGGUGUCCAGGGUCUGGCGGACGCGUUCAUGCUUCUCCGCUACCCCUUUGACUCUGCGGAAGCGCGAGAGCUCAACCGCAACAUCUUUGAGUGCAUCUACUACGCCGCCCUUGAGGCAAGUUGCGAACUGGCGGCUGCUGAAGGCCCGUACGAGACGUACGAGGGCUCGCCGGCGUCUGAGGGCUUGCUUCAGUUCGACAUGUGGGACGUGACGCCGUCGAGUGGACUCUGCGACUGGGCUUCGCUGCGCGAGAGGAUCAAGAAGCACGGUCUGCGCAACUCGCUCCUGGUUUCCCCGAUGCCUACGGCUAGCACGUCGCAGAUUCUUGGAAACAACGAGGCAUUUGAGCCGUACACCUCGAACAUAUACUACCGCCGCGUGCUGAGUGGAGAGUUCUUCGUUGUGAACCCGCACUUGCUUCGCGAUUUGCUCGAGCGCGACCUGUGGACUGAGGAAGUCAAGCAGCAGCUUAUUGCGCACAAUGGAAGUGUGCAGAACAUGGAUAUCAUUCCCGAUGACUUGAAGGCCCUGUACAAGACUGUCUGGGAGAUCAAACAGCGCGUGAUUCUCGACUUGGCGAUCGACCGCUCGCCGUACAUCGAUCAGUCUCACUCGCUCAACAUCCACAUGGUGAACCCCACAUAUGCGAAACUGUCCACGAUGCACUUCUACGGCUGGAGAGGAGGCCUGAAGACCGGGCUGUACUACCUCCGCACGCAGGCUGCUGCCGAUGCUAUCAAGUUCACUGUUGACUCGCAGCUGGCCAUGAGUGCCAAGGCGAAGCUGAACUCCGCCGUGUUGCCCACAACUGGCGUCCUCGGCACUGCCAUGACCACGACCACCAGCACUUCUGGCGGGUCUCUGGAGGACGAGCCGAAGCGCCAGGACUCCAUGACAGAAGAGUCCAGCGCUACUGUCUCCGCACCCGUGUGCCGCUGGAGGCCUCGCGGCGCCUCGCCCGACGAGCCCUGCGAGAUGUGCUCUGGCUAA